CAUCUUUUCUGUAUGAACACAGUGACAGUGAGGCCAGUGGUGUCCGGGUCAACCAGCACCCCUUUCAUGGUUUACAAUAGAACCUUUUUUAUGUCAUCAGUGUAUUGUUGAACUCUUUGGAUUGUCACAGAGAGGCCACGUGGGGGUUGUCUUGUAUUCUGUGUGCUGACCUGGACCUUCUGUGAAAAUGUUUAGUUGGAUGAUGACAGGCGGUGUAGGAUGAGGAAAAAUCUUUUGCUGUAAAUAGAGGAAGAAACAUUUGUCACAGUCAAACAACUGAGAUGGAUCCAAAGAGGCAAACCUGGGAUUAUCAGUGAGGAAUCACUCUUUAACAUGGACUAAUCAGGGAAGCUGCACUUUCAACACAUAAAGAAGUUACCAUACAUUUGGUUUCCCUGCUGUGAAGUGGACGAGGUGAGAAAAUGCAGGAGUCUCCAGGUAUCGCAGGUGCGGAUGGCAACUAUGCCAACAACGUGCCAGCUUUCCUCACCAAGCUGUGGACGUUGGUGGAGAAUCCAGAAACCAACCACCUCAUCUGCUGGAGCGCUACUGGAACCAGUUUUCACGUGUUUGAUCAGGGACGCUUUGCCAAAGAGGUUCUACCAAAAUACUUUAAACACAACAACAUGGCAAGCUUCGUUCGACAGCUCAACAUGUAUGGUUUCCGUAAAGUGGUUAACAUUGAGCAAAGCGGCCUGGUAAAGCCUGAAAGAGAUGAUACAGAGUUCCAACAUCUUUACUUUCUACAAGGACAUGAGCAUAUGCUGGAGCACAUCAAGAGGAAGGUGUCUAUUGUGAAAAGCGAGGAGACCAAAGUUCGUCAGGAGGACCUCAGUAAGCUACUCUAUGAAGUUCAGCUCCUGAGGACACAGCAGGACAACAUGGAGUGUCAGAUGCAGGACAUGAAGCAGCAGAACGAGGUUCUGUGGAGGGAGGUGGUCUCACUGAGACAGAACCACACCCAGCAACAGAAGGUCAUGAACAAGCUGAUCCAUUUCCUGUUCAGCCAGAUGCAGUCCAGCACACCCAAUGCCGUGGGCCUGAAGAGAAAACUGCCUCUGAUGUUGGAUGAUGGCUCUCCCAGCCCUUCUCCUCCCAAGUUCAGCCACCAUGUAGAGUCAGUACAAGAAUCUUACUACAUCCACUCGCCAUCUAGCAAUGUUGCGUCCUGUUCUACUGAUGGACUGACAGGAGGACCAAUAAUUUCAGAUGUUACUGACAUCACUCAAACCAGCAUGACUUCUCAGAUGCAGUCUCCUGACAGCAGGGAGAAAUGCAUGAUGCUUAUCAAAGAAGAGCCUGUGAGCCCAGGAGUCCGCAGUGGAGGAAAAGUGGCUGGGGUUGGUGGAGGAGAAGCUUUGGCAAUGAGCUCCACCUGUGAGGUCUGCUCCUCUGAGCCUCCUGUCCUCCCUGUCGCCAUGGUACAGUCUGUCCUGGAGGGGAGGGGCUCAGCAGCUUCACUUCUAGAGAGGAGAAGCAGGAGACCUACCACUGACAGAGCCGAACUUUCUGAGUCAGUGGAGAAUGUAGAAAUGAGUAUGGAGGAGCUGCAGCAGCUGCUGCUCAGGAGCCACCAGCAGAGCGCUGUAGAAUCUGGAGCCGGCGCUGCAAUGGAUCCUUUCAGUUUAAGCCUGCCUCUGACUGAAUGGAACUUCACAGAGAUGGAGUCCAACCUCAAAUCUUACAUGUUCCAUAAUCAGGAAGCAGAGGCUUUUCCAGCUGCCAGCUGUGAAGAUCAGUGACUCUGAGCCAUGGAGUGUCAUUUUCAACUGAUAGGCCACAGAAGCUGCUGUUCCACUCAUUAUUCUACUCCACAUGAGUUUGAACUGAAAGCCCUGCCAGGCUAUUUCCUACAUGCUGCUUUGUUUCCAUUCUGUGCACAUAAGGACAUCUGAAAGAAAGAGGACAAUGGGAUUUACUAACUACUUCCUGGUUAGCUGGCUGACAUGCAUUUGAUGUCCACAUUUGCAGUUAAGGAAACAAAAUAAUGUUGUCAUGAUAAUGAUAACAUUAUUAUAAUAACAUUAUAAAUGAUUCUCAUUUAAAGCCAGAUGGAUGCAGAAUGCUCAUUCUUGGCUUCUGCACUUUAGUCUUUCUGCGAAUUCUAGCUAGGAAAUUUGUUUUUUGUUUUUUUCCCUCCUAUAUAUAAUUUAUUUGCAAAAGUGUUUUAAAUAAUUUAGCACAAGAAAGGCAAUCAUGUGGGUUAAUGUGGCGCAUUUGAAAAGUAAGUGUUCUUAGUCUGUGUAAAAGUUCCUAAACUCUUACUGAAAAAUCACUGUAAGUGCUACAAUAGAGGAGAGGUGUUUUAGCAGUUUUAUAGCCUAGAAUUCAAAUGUAAACCAAACUUUAACCGUUCAAGAAUGAAUGGGUUACAGGUCCAGGAAAGAAACCAGUCACCCAUCUCUGUUGGCAACAGCCUUUAGCUCAAUCUGUGGGUUCCCAG